AUGGCGUGCUGCUGCACAGAGUCAGAAGCUGUUACUGUGAACUCGGACAGCGAAAAAGAGUCGCUAGGGAGCGGUGGACAGGGAAAGCGGCGUCGAACAAGGACCAAUUUCAACGGCUGGCAGUUGGAGGAAAUGGAGAAAGCCUUUCAGGCUAGCCACUAUCCAGACGUUUUCAUGCGAGAAGCCCUGGCGAUGAGAUUAGAUUUAGUGGAGUCAAGAGUACAGGUUUGGUUCCAAAACAGACGAGCCAAAUGGAGGAAGAAAGAGAACACAAGGAAGGGACCGGGACGCCCGGCACACAACGCCCACCCCCAGACGUGCAGCGGGGAUCCUAUCCCGCCAGAAGACGUGGAACGUCGGGAAAGAGAUAGAAGAGAGAAGAAGCUCCGAAAGCAGCUGGAAAGGCAGAUUAAGAGGAUGCAACAGUCAAAAUUAAAACCUGGUAUGAACGCAGCUAGCUCCACGGAAUCUAUCCACCACAGUCUAAGUGAAUUGAGGUUGACCAACCCAAGAAAAGAACCAAAGGAACUUCUCGGUUCUGAUCUGUUUAAACUUCUGGAAGCUUUAGGCUUUGACGUCUGUGAUAUUCUGAAUAAGAUAGAUCUGGACGGUAACAACAAUGGUAGGUAUCAGGCAUCAGAGCAUUUUAGAAAGGAAAAUGGAGACACGAUCAAAGUCGAUGUCGAUGAUGAUAGCGACGAGGACACUUGCCAUCUGAAGGAUUCCUCUGAGAGCAUUUCUAGCAUAUCUCUAGAUUCUUCUCAGGUUCACUCACAGAAGCCUUGCUCGUUUAGCAUUGAAAAUAUCCUUUCAGACAAUAAAAAACGCCGCAUUCAGGAUAUGGAGGAAAAUACCGGAGCACCAUCUUUCAUAAACUCUGUUACUCAACCGAUGGGAUUUUUUAUUCGUGCGGCCAGUCCAGGAAAUAGUACUUGUCUCAGCAACAGAGAUAGCAGCCCAGACAGCAGAAGCGAGCAUAGUAUCACCAGUGUUCCUUGCAGUCCUGAGACUGUAGUACCACCAAUCGAAUUAGAACAUCAAAAUGGAACCGUUUCACUUUCUUCAUCAAAACAUUCAACGGCGUUUCAAAUUUUUUCAAAACAUAUACAAGAAGAUGCAAAUAUUUCCAAGUCACAGAAAUGCAGAAGUAUCGUUCUUUCGGACAACGCCUCCGACUUGCGGUUGAACGUCAAGAACGACACCCAACUUGAGAUGAAACAGAUGAGUUGUGACUCAAAUGGUGAAAUGCACUGA